AUGAUUAAUGCUAUCAACCAGGCUGUUGCUGGGUUGCUUCCAAACCUUGUUGCCCAAACAGCUGAGGCUGUUAUUCAACAAACUCGUCAUCCCGAACGCACUAACACUAAUCCAACCUCUGGUGGAAAUACCACGAACAAUAUUACUUAUAGUAUAGACAUAUGGAUUAGUAAAUUCCAAAAACAAAAGCCGAAAUCCUUUAGUCACGCUACUAAUCCAGUCGAAGCAAGAAAUUGGAUAGCUCACAUUGAAAAGAUCUUCGGAGUUCUUGGAGUUCCAGAGCAAUACAAAGUUAGACUGGCUACCUACAAAUUUGAAGAUGACGCACUAACUUGGUGGGAAGGAUAUAAGCAAGUCAAAGGAGGGGAUGAUUUUGACGCUAAUCUUUCAUGGGUCGACUUUCGUAAUAUCUUUUACGACAAGUAUUUUUCGACCGCUGAUAAAGAAGCUUAUAUCAGGGAGUAUGCAGUGAUUCGACAGGGGAGUGAUGAACCAGCCUCUGAGUUCAUUACUCGAUUUUCAAGGUUGGCUAGUAUUGUAGGAGAUGUUGCAGGAUCAGCAGAAGUCCAGGCAGAAAAAUGCAAGUGGGCAGUUAAUGAUCGAAUUCGGAAAUCGAUCAUGUACAUGAAAUUUAAGGAUGUCACCGAAGUUGCUGAUGCAAUCAAAACUUUUGAGUUCGAAAGGAAAGAAUUUUUAUCCCGAACUGGGGAUAAUAAGAAGAGAAAUAGGGAAGGCCAAUUUAAGCAGGAAAUCGGCUAA